AAUGUCUGUUAAGUGAUGGUGUUUAUGGUAUCUUUUGGAUCUUUGCAGGGACAAAAGAUGGAGACGCCUCAAGAAGUCCUCUUAAAAAUUUUAGAAAAUUUGGGUACCGACGACUUCAAAAAAUUUAAGUGGUACCUGCAGCAGGAAGGGGCCCUUGAAGACUUCCCAGCAAUCCCAAUUAGUAAACUGGAGAAUGUAAACAGGGAAAAGACAGUGGACCAGAUGUUCUCAACCUACAGUAUGAACACUAUUAAAGUGACCAGAAUAGUUUUAGUGAAAAUUAAUCAGAAUGAACUAGUGAGGAAGUUAUCAAACAUCAUCUCACAACCUGCAGAGAUUCUUGCUGCGUGCCAGCGAAAAGUCAAAUCCAACUUAUAUAAGAAGUUCCAGCGUGUGUUUGAGGGAAUUGCUAAAGCAGGAAACAAAACCCAUCUGGAUCAGAUGUUCACAGAGAUCUACCUCACAGAGGGGGGGACUACAGGGGUCAAUGAUGAACAUGAGGUCAGACAGAUUGAAACAGCAUCCUGGAAACCAGACAGACCAGAAACAAAAAUCACAUGUGAAGACAUAUUUAAAGCCCCACCUGGAAGUGAUGAACCAAUCAGAACAGUGGUGACUAAGGGAGUGGCUGGCAUCGGGAAAACAGUCUUAACACAGAAGUUCACUCUGGACUGGGCUGAAGGCAAUGACAACCAGGACAUCCAGUUUACAUUUCCAUUCACCUUCAGAGAGCUGAAUGUGCUGAAGGAGAAAAACUACAGCUUGGUGAAACUUGUUCAUCACUUCUUUAGUGAAAUCAAAGAAGCAGGAAUCUGCAGGUUUGAAGAGUUCCUGGUUGUGUUCAUCUUUGAUGGUCUGGAUGAGUGUCGACUUCCUCUGGACUUCCACAAAACUAAAAUCCUGACUGAUGUUACAGAGUCCACCUCAGUGGGUGUGCUGCUGACAAACCUCAUCAGGGGGAAACUGCUUCCCUCUGCUCGCGUCUGGAUAACUACAAGACCUGCAGCAGCCAAUCAGAUCCCUCCUGAGUAUGUUGACAUGGUGACAGAGGUCAGAGGGUUCACUGACCCACAGAAGGAGGAGUACUUCAGGAAGAGAUUCAGAGAUGAGGAUCAGGCCAGCAGAAUCAUCUCCCACAUCAAGACAUCACGAACCCUCCACAUCAUGUGCCACAUCCCAGUCUUCUGCUGGAUCACUGCUAAAAUUCUACAGAAGGUGUUGAAGAACAGAGAGGGAGCAGAGCUGCCCAAGACCCUGACUGAGAUGUACAUCCACUUCCUGGUGGUUCAGUCCAAACUGAAGAACGUCAAGUAUGAUGGAGGAGCUGAGGCAGAUUCAAACUGGAGUCCAGAGAGCAGGAAGAUGAUUGAGUCUCUGGGAAAACUGGCUUUUGAGCAGCUGCAGAAAGGACACCUGAUAUUCUAUGAAUCAGACCUGACAGAGUGUGGCAUCGAUAUCACAGCAGCCUCAAUGUACUCAGGAGUGUUCAUGCAGAUCUUUAAAGAGGAGAGUGAACUGUACCAGGACAAGGUGUUCAGCUUCAUCCAUCUGAGUGUUCAGGAGUUUCUGGCUGCUCUUCAUGUCCAUCUGACAUUCACCAACUCUGGAGUCAACUUGCUGUCAAGCUCCUGGUGGUCUGACUUUUUCAGGGACAAAUCAGCACAUUUCUACCAGAGUGCUGUGGACAAGGCCUUACAGAGUACGAAUGGACACCUUGACUUGUUCCUCCGCUUCCUCCUGGGUCUUUCUCUAGAGUCCAAUCAGAAUCUUCUACGAGGCCGGCUGACACAGACAGGAAGUAGCUCACAGACCAAUCAGGAAACAGUUGAGUAUAUCAAGAAGAAGAUCAACGGGGAUCUGUCUGCAGAGAGAAGCAUUAACCUGUUCCACUGUCUGAAUGAACUGAAUGAUCGUUCUCUAGUGGAGCAGAUCCAACAGUCCCUGAGUUCAGGACGUCUCUCCACAGAUAAACUGUCUCCUGCUCAGUGGUCAGCUCUGGUCUUCAUCUUACUGUCAUCAGAAAAAGGUCUGGAUGUGUUUGACCUGAAGACAUACUCUGCUUCAGAGGAGGCUCUUCUGAGGCUGCUGCCAGUGGUCAAAGCCUCCAAAAAAGCUGUGCUGAGUGGCUGUAACCUGUCAGAGAGAAGCUGUGAAGCUUUGUCCUCAGUUCUCAGCACAGAGUCCUCUAGUCUGAGAGAGCUGGACCUAAGUAACAACAACCUGAAGGAUUCAGGGGGGAAGCUGCUGUCGGCUGGACUUCAGAGUCCACACUGUAAACUGGAGAAUCUCAGGUCAGGAUUCAUCAACCUGUAUAACUGAUGGUCACCUAAAUCCUGAUUUACAUUAUUGGAUAAACUUGCAACGUGCCUCAGAUUGUUUCUGCUUGUAUGAUUUCAAACAGUUGUGUUUAUUUAGUUUCACUCCCUUUCCAUGAACAUGUUUUAUGUUGUUUUCUUCUCAAUCUGUUGUUGAAACUUGAAAUAUCAGACAGGAAUUAGAAAGCUACCAGUAAUGUUAAUUUGUUGAUUGACAUAAGUGGGUGUUUGAUUGUGUGUUGUUCUGUGUGUUUGCAGUCUGUCAGGCUGUCUGAUCUCAGAGGAAGGCUGUUCUUUUCUGGUCUCAGCUCUGAGCUCCAACCCCUCCCAUCUGAAAGAGCUGGACCUGAGCUACAAUCAUCCAGGAGACUCAGGAGUGAAGCUGCUGUCGGCUGGACUUAAGGAUCCACUCUGGAGACUGGAAACUCUCAGGGUGGAGCCUGCUGGAGUCAGAUGGUUGACACCAGGUCUGAGGAAGUAUUCCUGUCAACUCACACUGGACACAAACACAGUGAACAGAUACCUCAAACUGUCUGACAACAACAGGAAGGUGACAUGGGUGAAGGAGCAGCAGCCAUAUCCUGAUCAUCCAGAGAGGUUUGACUCCUAUCCUCAGCUGCUGUGUAGAGAUGGUCUGACUGGUCGCUGUUACUGGGAGGUUGAGAGGAGAGGAGUGGUUGAUAUAUCAGUGAGUUACAGAGGAAUCAGCAGGAGAGGAAACAGAGAUGACUGUGUGUUUGGACGUAAUGCUCAGUCUUGGAGUCUGAGCUGCUCUGAUGAUGGUUACUCUGUCUGGCACAAUAACAGAGAAACAUCCAUCUCCUCCUCCUCUGUCUCUGGUAGAGUAGCAGUGUAUGUGGACUGUCCUGCUGGCUCUCUGUCCUUCUACAGAGUCUCCUCUGACUCACUGAUCCACAUCUACACCUUCAAAACCACAUUCACUCAGCUUCCUUAUCCUGGGUUUGGGUUUAGGUUCUGGUCAGAGGGUUCCUCAGUGUCUCUGAGUCCUCUGGAGGACGGAGAGUCUCCUCCUGUGAAGAGAACCAGACAGUUCAGUCUGAUCAGGAUCAUCAGCUGAUGUUAGUGAGGAGAAUGUGGGUUUUUGUUUGUUUGUAUGUUUUAUUUGGAUCCCCAUUAGCUUAGCAUAAGCUAAAAGCUAUUCUUCC